AUGGACAUCACAUCAACCUUAGACAAGAUUCUAGACUCUGGCAGAAAUCCUAAUGACAAAAAAGGACUAGGAUUUGAACGGGGUGAAUCUUCGAAUAAUGCACCUAGGUUUGUCAAAGAAGGUGUGUUAAAGAUCAUAGCAGUUCACAGCUUUGAACAAGGACAGUCAUCUCGUUCAGUGCAGAAAAUUGACAAGAGAAGAAGAUAUGAUCAGACUGCAGAUACUGACCUUGCCAAAGUAAAGCAUCAAUUUCAUUAUGCAAAGUUCAAAAAUAAGCUUGUCAAAGUUAGACAAGAUAUGGAUAAGCUGAUAAAACUGGAAGCUGUGAAAGGUGUUCCUAAGAUCAGAAUAGAUCUGGAUAAAGUUUGUGGUGCUUGUGCUAUUGGGAAACAAAUCAGAACUCCGCACAAAGCAUUAAGAGGCAUCACCACUGAGAACCCUCCAGAAGAUGAUGAAAAUGAUGAAGAUGAUGAAAAUGAUCACGAUAACUCAAAUCGAAGUAAUCAUUACGAUGAUGAUGACGAUGAUAACAAUGAUGAUGGUGAUGCCAUGAUUACUGACUCGACUCUAAAACCGAAUGAAUCAAACCCGAAAGAAGGAGAUUCACAUCACAACAAAUCUUCACAUUCAAAUGAUACUAAAAAAGAUCAUGCUGACCCGAGUCUGAGAGCAGCCAGCGGUGGAAAUGUGGAUGCAUCGCUCGGUGCGAGACAUGACGACUCCGGUCACAAGGAAUUGCAUGCACAAGAAUGUUAUGUUCCUUCGGCAGACAACCUUAGCACGGCAGUCAUCCUUUCAGCCCUAGGAAAGCUAAGCGAUGAGAAUGCUACAAAUUUCAAGGAGUUAAGGAAAACUAUUCGUCAUACAAAAAGGGCAAGUGUAGAAGCAAAAGAGUGUGUUUCCUCUUAA